CCUGCAUGUGUUCCACCGCUAAACUCAUUGACCAUAUUCGGUCACAAUGGAGUGCAAGGGUAUGCGCAUGCGUUUCCCGUAAACAAACAUGGAGGACGGAGUCCAGGGCGUCGCUCCAACUUCGUCGUGGCAAGACUUGCUUGCUGGGAUUCGCCAGGCGUUUUCAACGGAUAAGGUUGACAUUGACGUUGUAAAGCUACUCCUAUCCUCGUACAAGUCGAAGCGGGAAGACUGGGAACCCUACGCAAAGUUUGAUGCCCACAGAUACACACGGAAUCUUGUAGACGAGGGUAAUGGUCGUUACAACCUCAUAAUUCUGUGCUGGGGAGAAGGCCACGCCUCAUCCAUCCACGACCACGCUAACUCGCACUGUUUCAUGCGAGUGAUGGACGGUAGUCUGCAGGAGGUUCAAUACUCCUGGCCUGACAGCAGCCACUCUGGUACUCGGCCCAUGGCGGAACUUGCCACCUGCGACCUGUGCACCGACACAGUCACCUACAUCAAUGAUUCUGUGGGACUUCACCGCAUCCAAAACACCAGCCACACUGACCCCGCAGUGUCCCUGCACCUGUACAGUCCUCCCAUCACCACCUGCCACACCUUUGAGCAGAGGACAGGUAGGGCCCACUCUUGUGCAGUCUCUUUCUACUCCAAAACAGGAGCACUGUGCUCCAACUACUCCACCUGUAGUGGCUCCACGUCAUAAUGUACAACUGGACCCCUUACAUGUUUUGUUUUGUCAGACACUGUAUAAUUAUACUGCGUGUCUAUUGCUGUCAUGUGAUACAUCCUGUCACGGUUCUGACUGGAGUGUAGGAACAGUCUGGUCAUCUGAGCCAUGUGGCUGCUGAACAUCAGUAUCCACUGCCUACAGAUAAAUAUUUAUUAUACCACAAGGAUACUUGUACGACCAAGUAUAUACCAGCAUACCGGCUUACUGCGUGUUGACCUCUUCCCAACAGUCCUCGUACUUGGGGCCUUUCCUCCCAUACCACCUCUAGUCACCAUCAUCUUCCUCCUCACUCCUUGUGUAGGGGGUGUGGCCUGGCAUCCCGGGCUUUCAAACAAGGUUUUCAUUGAGCAGUACACCUCUUCGGCUAGUUCACGGACACGCACAUCUCCAGAGAAACGUCUGACCUGCAACCAUAGCAAACACUAAUCUCUGCAGUCUUAAUGCCACUGGGACCUUUCUGAGAGUGGCCACAACGUCUGGUACUAGUUGUAGGUCUUUGGCUGUCAUCUGCACACUCUGUAG